UCCCCAACGAAAUGACAGAGCAGUCAGCAGCAAUGUCGUAAAAGUCGUAAAGUUAAUGCAGUAAAAACAAACAAGAUAUUCGUCUGAAAUAAAUAACAAGUAAAGCGGAGUCAUUUUUAAGGUUUCUUGAACUGUCAUAAAUGUCGCGCCACAUGUGUUAAAGUUUUUAGGUCCACUUUGUAUCCUUUAUUUUUCUUAGCCUUUUAGUCCUUAUUUAUUUACAUAAGAAAAUUCUAUGAGCGCAUCCGACCAACCUGGAGACCAAGACGACGCUUCAAGGAUAAACCAAGAGGCUUCGUCUAGUAGCAAUACGGACAACGAAACUUCUCCCUCCGAUAAUAAAGAGGACGAGAUGAAACGUGCUGCUGCUAGAAAAUUGAUCGAGCGCUAUUUCUACCAAUUGACCGACGGCUGUGGUAACCCCGCGUGCAACAACAAGUACUGCGCGUCGAGCGGACAAUUAAAACCGCUCACUCCAGACGAGGCAGCUGCACAAGCCAUCCAACUUUUCUCGCAAGAAGCGAGUUUGUGUGAACGACACCCCAACAAAAUCGCGCGCACCCACAAAAUGCUAUCGUCAGAUUCUGACAGUGAUAACUCUCUUACUCGAAAGGGGGACGUGCAAAUGCCCACAAACGACGUUAUUCUAGGUGAAAAUCCCAACUACGUGAAACUGAACACAACUAAUUCGACGACGUUUUUAACCGAGCAAAUGCUGUACGACAUAAUCGACGACUGUGAGUCGACUGAGUGUUACUUAAGUCUCAUUAGAAAAAUCGGCGAAGUCUUCAGCAGCAUAGAAAACUUAUCGCGGAGUUUUCUCCAGACGGACAAGAGCCCCACGGAAACCACACUCGACGCCAGUAAAGAAAACAUCGCAGGUUUGAAGAAAGAAGAAGUCAGGUCGCUGGAAGGCGAGAAAGACAAAGAUGAAGACUCGUCUGCUGAAACGAGCGAAAACGCCGUCUUACCCGUAGACUUACCAUCGGUUCGACGAGCCUAUGCGGCUCUAUUCAAACUAAAAACCUCGAUAUUCGAGCAUUCCUUGGUCAACGCUCUUGUUACUUUAGCCGGGAAUCUACAGAUGGAGCUACCGACGAGGAAAGAAAGAGGAAACCAAGAUGACGUCGUCAAUGUUUUGCUCAUAGUUUUCGAAAUUCCCGCCUUAGGUUCUGGCGAUUUCCUCGAGACGGCCCUGCCGGCGAUUUGUAGGGCCUCCGAGUGGCUCCCGGUGGAAGUGCAAGCCAAACUGGCCCGAAUUUGGUCGGGUCCGGGCCGUUCUAGCUUACGCAACAUUUUAGAAAAUUUACAGCAGUUGGUAACACUGAGGGUGAUCGUGACGCAGUUCCAUCGAGAUUUUUAUGUCCAAGACGAAAAUGUGAUCACGUCGGCUACGAAACUCAUGAAGAUUCUUUUUUACGCGAAUAUGUUGGCCGGGGUGUUGGAAUCCCCGGAUUUGCGUAACGAGGAACUGACCGUGUCCAUGGACGACUCGUACCUGGCCAUCAAACUCAACAAGACCACGCCACCCAUUGAUCCUUUAGCCACGGAAUUGGGAGUUCACGUUUUGGACUGCCGAAAGCCUUAUUUACCGUUUUCCGAAUUCUACAACGAGCCUUUGAGUGAUGGUGUCGAGAUGGAUAGGGAUUUUGCUAACUAUAAAAGCGAACUAGGUGAACUUUUAGGGAAAUUUAGUUUUAUGCAUUACCCCUUCAUCCUCACACCGGCCACUAAAAUGAUGGGCUUGUAUUUUGACAAUAGGAUACGUAUGUACUCGGAGCGACGAAUUAGUAUUUUACAGUCGGUCACCGGACAGCCUUCGAAUCCCUACUUGCGUUUAAAAGUCCGCAGGGACCACAUAAUCGACGACGCACUAGUAGAGUUGGAAAUGAUCUCCAUGGAAAACCCCAACGACCUGAAGAAACAGCUGGUGGUGGAGUUCGAGGGCGAGCAGGGGAUCGACGAGGGCGGCGUAUCCAAGGAGUUCUUUCAGUUAGUGAUCGAGGAAAUUUUUAAUCCCGAUUACGCAAUGUUUACCAAUCAGAGCGAAGCGGGGACGGUUUGGUUUAAUCCGACCAGUUUCGAAAGCGACGCUCAGUUCACAUUGAUCGGUAUAGUGUUAGGACUUGCUAUAUACAAUAAUGUUAUCUUGGCCGUCAAUUUUCCCAUGGUGCUGUAUAGGAAGCUGUUGGGGAAAAGGGGUUCUUUCGAAGACUUACAAGACUGGAAUCCUGAAUAUCAUGUAGAUGGUAAAACGUUAGCCAAAAUUUGUCUGCCCAUCCCUAUUAAUAAUGGAAUAACCUCAACUCCAAGUUUUACAAUGACUUUAUAUAAUAGUUUAAAACAAUUAUUGGAAUAUAACGAACCCGACGUCGAGGAGGUGUUCAUGCAAACGUUCCGCAUUAGCUACCAGGAUGUGUUCGGCUCUAUUAUAAAUUACGAUUUAAAAGAAAACGGUGACGAAAUCACCGUCACUCAAGAAAACAAAUACGAAUUCGUCGAUUUAUACGCAGACUUCCUCCUGAACAAAUCCGUGGAGAAGCAGUUCCGUGCCUUCUACAAAGGGUUCCAAAUGGUCGUAGACGAGUCCCCCCUCGAAUUACUCUUCCGUCCCGAGGAAAUCGAAGUCCUGAUCUGCGGCAGCAAAAACUUCGACUUCGACGAACUGGAAAGUUCGACCGAAUACGACGGCGGCUACACCACCGAGAGCCAGAUAAUCAAAGACUUCUGGUCGACAGUGCACGCUCUCUCGUUAGAAGACAAACGAAAACUCCUCCAAUUCACCACGGGCUCCGACCGAGUCCCCAUCGGCGGCUUAAGCAGGCUCAAGCUGGUCAUCGCGAGGAACGGCCCCGACUCGGACCGCCUCCCCACGGCCCACACCUGCUUCAACGUUCUGUUAUUACCGGAGUACUCCUCGAAAGACAAACUCAAAGACCGGCUGAUCAAAGCGAUCAGUUAUUCGAAGGGCUUCGGCAUGUUGUAACUGAAUUUUCUUGCUUGUGAAUAUUUUCCCCGAUAGAGAUACGAUUUGAGUUGUUUACUAACAAAAGUUGUAUUUUGUUUGAGUAAAUUAAUAUAAUUAUUUUAAAAAUCAACUGUGUUUUUACGAGGGUGUCGGAUUCGCGUACUGGUUGUUAUAUAGGUGUUGCAUGUGGCGAUGUGACUUUUACUAUUUUCUACGAUUUUUCGAGAGUUUUUCGUACGCGAGUUCGACACGUCAUUGCUAAAUUUUUCAUGUUUGUGAAUUGCUUUGGAUUUAUUUUGUGUUUCUUGUGUACAACUUUCGUUCUGGUUUCAAACAAGCAGCUGCUCAAUGACGGACACAUCACUUGGUUUUUAUUUAAUAAAGUCUGAAUAGAG